AUGGGUUCCAUCAGCAACCAACAGGACUUCUCUGGUCCGAAAGCCACAAGGGCUCUAUCCAUAGUGGAAGCAACCAUUGCGGAACUUGCCUCUGCACUCUCAGGAGGUCACACUAACAGCGUUGAGCUCACUGCAAAGCAUCUGCUGCGGAUUGCAAAGUAUGACCGACGUGGUACACUGUUGAACGCGAUACCUAUUAUCAAUGAGAAUGUUUUCGACGCUGCUCAAGCCUCAGACCAGCGCCGAGCUUCAGGCGGAACAUUGGGCCCGUUGGAUGGUAUUCCAUGCACCAUCAAGGACUCUUACAAAAUCCAAGGCAUGACCGUGGCUUCGGGAUCUCCCGCAUUCCAAAACUUGAUCGCCAACGAAGAUGCAUUCACCGUCAAGAGACUCAGAGAAGCCGGGUCAGUCAUCUUGGGUCGAACAAAUAUGCCUCCAAUGGCUGCGGGUGGCAUGCAACGCGGCGUUUAUGGCAGAGCUGAAUCUCCUUACAAUGCGGAAUACCUCACAGCCGCCUUCGCUUCUGGGUCGUCAAACGGAUCGGCCACUGCCACUGCAGCGAGCUUUGGUGUCUUUGGCAUGGGCGAGGAGACCAUCUCGUCCGGUCGUUCGCCUGCUUCCAACAAUGGACUCGUCGCAUACACUCCGUCGAGAGGUUUGAUCUCCAUCAGAGGAAACUGGCCUUUGUUCCCUACGUGCGACACCGUCGUUCCCCAUACGAGGACUGUCGAAGACAUGUUUUCCUUGCUCGAUGUCAUCGUCGCAAGGGACGACAAGGUUACUUGUGACUUCUGGAGAGAGCAGCCUUUUGUCAAUCUUCCAGAUGUCGAGACUGUUCGUCCCAAGUCAUACCACGAUCUGUCUUCAUCGACAGCACUAGCUGGAAAGAAAAUCGGCGUUCCGAAAAUGUACAUUGGUGGUGUCGAUUCUGACCCUACGGCAAGAAAAGUUCAUACCCGCCAGUCCGUGAUCGAUCUCUGGAAAAGAGCCAGGGAGAUAUUGGAGGGUCUCGGUGCUUCGGUUCAAGAGGUUGACUUUCCCAUCGUCACCAAAUUAGAGGCACCGCGCCCUAGUCAGCAGGAUGUGGACCCGAUAACACCACCUCACCACAGUGAAAUUGAUAUGUGCCAGCUCAUGGCCUACGCCUGGGACGACUUUCUCGUCAACAACGGUGACAAGAAUGUCGCAACAAGCCUGUCACAAGUAGAUUCGGCAACAAUUUUCCCUCAGCCACCUGGAACGAUUCCAGACAAAUACGACUCCAGUGAUCCGCUGGUUCGCCACACUGAUGUUGUAGCGCAUGUUACUGGAGGUCGCAUUCCCACAUACGACAUCCCUGGUAUGGGCCAAGCUCUGAAAAACCUCGAAGCUAUACGUAAAGCGGACUUCGAGGACUGGCUUGACUCCCAGGGUCUCGACACAGUAGUCUGGCCAUGCAAUGCCGAUGUGGGAAAAGCAGAUGCCGAUGUCAACGAGGAUUCCGCUGCAGAGGCAUGGCGCAAUGGUGUUCUUUACUCCAACGGAAACUGUGCCAUACGCCAAUUCGGUAUACCAACGGUCAGCGUGCCAAUGGGCGUAAUGGCCGACACAAAAAUGCCUGUCAGUCUCACCUUUGCUUCCAAAGCGUACGAUGACAGUAAUCUGUUCCGAUACGCCUACGCCUUUGAAAAGGGGAGCAACCUGCGGCAGGCACCCAUGAGGACGCCGACAUUGAUCACGGAUUCCGUUGCUCUUAGCGCGCAAGAGAGCAAACUUGGAUCAACCCCACCCGAAUUGGGCUUGGAAGCAGAAAUCCUUAACACGUCAGAAGGAAAGAAGCUGCGGAUUCUGGCGACUGUCCACGAAGAUGACAUCUCUGCUCUGAAAGUCUACGUCGACGGCGAGGAAAUAAAAAACGUGCAUGUUGUGGAUGGCAAGUGGCGAGUGAACUCGAAGGUUCUGAGCGUUUGGAAUGGUCGAGUCCAUGAGAAAGGAGUUCCAUCACCGGAAAAGACAAUGGUCAUUGCGUUGGCAAAGGGAAAGAAUGGAAGGUCUUCCGCCAGAAUGCUGUUUCUGUAG